CCCAAAAAUAAAUAAAUAAAUAAAUAAAAUGAAGGAGAAAAAUCAGUAGGAUUUUCCUCCGCAAUCGAAAAAGCAAAGCUGAGAUAAUAUUGAGAAACAAAAAAUAAGUACUAGUCCUGCUUGGAACUACUGAACGGCAAAAGGCAGUAAAUAUUCUUAGGAAGAAAAGUCGGGGUGACUUCUGAGCAGCCGAAUAACCGUCAGUUGUCUUUGUCCCUGCUCCUUAAUCCUCCUUGGCGAAGGAUAUCUCUCUCAGAUUCAGACGUUAUCUCUUGUUGCUUUCUUGUCGGACUCUGCUUAUUAUUCUGCCUUCAAAUUCUGUCUGAAGAGUGCGGAGUGUUAUUGUUGUUGUUCAUGGGACAACUGUACGAAGCUUCAGCUGAAUCUAUAUGAUGGAGAAACAAAAGGAGACUGUUUGUUCUCCUGAUACAGUUCUUGAGGACUACUUGAGGAAUUUAGAAUCUGAAACAGACUCCUCGAAAGCGAGCACUUCAGACUUAGGAGCUCCAAAAGAUCCAAAGCCGUCUUCUAGAUGGGCCGAAUUUCUGCAAUUAUUCAAAACCAAAUCGAAAAGACACCUGUCCACCUUCCAUCCCCUGAAACUGUCUAAAAGGUUUAGCAGCAGUUUGCGAGAGGAAAUCAUUCUAGUGCCAGAUCCCAUGCUUGAUACUAGUUUGAAUUAUUUCAAGCCUCAGUGGAAGAACUUCGCUCUCUCUGACCUCCAAACCGCAACCAAGAGCUUUUCUCAGGAAUGUCUGGUUGGAAAGGGCGGUUAUGCUGAAGUUUACAAAGGCAGUUUGCGAGAUGGGCAGCUUGUUGCUAUUAAGCGGCUGACACGAGGAUCAAUGGAGGAGAGAACAGGAGAUUUUUUAUCUGAACUUGGAAUUAUGGCCCAUGUCAACCAUCCCAACACUGCUAAAUUGAUUGGUUAUGGGGUUGAAGGUGGAUUCUACCUUGUUCUUGAGCUGUCUCCCCAUGGAAGUCUAGCUUCUUUGCUUCACAGUGCCAAGGAGAAGCUUAAGUGGAAUAUUAGGUAUAAGAUUGCAUUAGGGACUGCUAAAGGCCUGCUGUAUCUUCAUGAGAGCUGUCAACGAAGAAUCAUUCACAGAGAUGUUAAAGCAGCAAAUAUAUUGCUCACACAGGACUUCGACCCUCAGAUCUGUGAUUUUGGGCUUGCAAAAUGGUUACCAAGGCAAUGGACUCACCUCACCGUGUCAAAAUUUGAAGGCACAUUUGGAUAUCUUGCUCCCGAAUUCUUAAUGCACGGCAUAGUGGAUGAAAAGACUGACGUGUUUGCCUUCGGUGUGCUGCUGCUGGAACUCAUCACCGGACGUAGGGCUCUGGAUUACUCGCAACAAAGCCUAGUCUUGUGGGCAAAACCACAGCUGAAGAAGAGCAGAAUCAGAGAGCUGGUUGAUCCUUCACUUGCUGAAUACGAUCCAAUUGAGAUGAACCUGAUGGUCUUGGCUGCUUCUUUGUGCGUGCAAGAGUCUGCAAUCCGACGUCCUAGAAUGAGUCAGGCAUGUCUUGCUGCUUCUGAGAGGCAGCUGUGGUAGCUUAGAAUUAGUGAGAAAGGGAAGAAAGCUAUCCCAUUGGAAGAGGUACUAUGAAGAGCUGUUCCAUGCCGAAGACUAGAACUUGACCAGGCUAGCGAGGCUCAAGUGGUAUUUAGUAGGAAGAAAUGUGUCAAUAGUGGCUGGUUAAUGCGCUUACCACUUAUGCUCGGUGGAUGAAUCGGCAUUAAAUUAGUAUUAGGAUUGAAAGGGUCGUCCUCAAGCAUUGUUAACUCUCAGGAGUUUCGAAAAGUGGAGGACUGUAGAGGCUCCAUGCUUGGUGGUAUAUCUGUUGCCAAUCAACCCCUUGAAAUGGCACGCCAUACUUGAGCCCGAGUAGCCGCGCCGGAGGAGGGUAGAGACUAGAGAGCAUCAAUGAACUUCAUCCGGUGUUAUAUGGAUUGUAUAUUUGGUUUUGGAGCAUCAUAUAUGCUGAAGAAGGUGUUCUCGCAACGGGUAAAGAGUUAGCAAUGCCAAUCCAAGAACCUCCGGUGAGUUUUAGUAACAUCUCGGCAUCCGUUAAAGCUUAAUCAUGUAGAAGAAGAUUCUGGAAGUAUUUGCAGGAUCAUCAAAUUAAGUAGUUUUUUUAGUAUGUAUAUCAUGUAUGUAAUCUGGACAGAAACUAGAAAACCGACGGUAUACGAAGUAGAAGCAUUAUGUUCUCAACAAUUUCACGGGCCUAGGUAUUUAGGCAUCCUUUGCUUUUGAAAACUGUUUUUUUUUU